AUGGGUCGUAAAAUUCAUCUCGAAAGGCCUAAAAAAGGACCGGGAAGAAAAGCUCGCAAGCAACCGGAACCUAUGUUCAAAUUUAACAAGUCUGAAGAUGAUGAACAGCAGAAGAAAAUGUCUCGUCACCAGAUACAGCGACUGAAAAAGCGUGAGCAAGUAAAGGCGAAGCAAAAAGUGGAACAAAAGAGUAAAAAGGCUCUUCAAAAAGUAUCUGCCACCGUUGCUACCGGUUCGUUCGAUCCAUCUGAAAUAUUCAAUCUAGAAAAAAGCAGACAGAAGUACCAACAAUUGGGUCAGAAAAGUAAGCAGCAAUCGACGGUUGCGAAUGGACAUAAUAAUGGAGUAGCUAAGAAGGGCCUCAACCUGUUCGAUAGUGACAAUGAACCGGAUGACGACGAACAACAGCAUUCGGUAGUGAGAGUGAAGAAGAGCCAAAUGAAAAAGUUUCUUCAACAGGCUGAAUCCGAGGAUGAAGACUCGGAUGAAGAUGACUCCGUGAAUAGUGAUGAGGACCAAGACACCGAAACAGCGGCCGACAUCGAGCAGGAAGAUGAUGAAGAUGAGGACGAUAAAGAAGAGUUAGAUGAAGAGGAAGAAGAUGAAGAUAUGGAGGAGGAUAGCGAUGAACAAGGCGAAGUUUCUGAUGAGGAAGAAGAGGAAGAGGACGAUGAUGAUGACGAUAUGGAUGAUGAUGAUGAUGAUGACGACGACGACGACGAGGAUAUGCUACCCAUCGAGGCAGCAAAUAAGAAACUUAAAAAACGGAUGGCAAAGGAACAAAAAGAAGCUGACGACGAGAUGGCAGAAGCAGCAAAGAAUCGUGAACGGUUCCAAUUUCCUACCGAAGAAGAGAUAGCGCAAACGGCAAACCUUCAAGACGUAAAUAUUCGAAUCAAGGACGUUAUUGGAGUGUUGGCAGAUUUCUCUGCUAAUCGCGAUCCAAACAAAUCACGAUGCGAAUACGUCGAACUACUGAAGAAAGAUCUAUGUUUGUACUACUCGUACAACGAGUACUUCAUGGGUCUGCUGAUGGACAUCUUUUCCCCGAACGAGCUGCUCGAGUUUCUGGAGGCAUCGGAACUCCAACGCCCAAUCACAAUCCGCACGAACAGCCUUAAGACUCGACGUCGAGAUUUGGCACAAGCCUUGAUCAAUCGCGGCAUUAAUCUCGAUCCGAUUGGUAAGUGGUCCAAGGAAGGGUUGGUUGUGUAUUCCUCACAAGUGCCGCUAGGAGCAACUCCCGAAUACCUUGCCGGACACUACAUGCUGCAGGGAGGAUCCAGCAUGUUACCGGUAAUGGCCUUGGCACCAGAAGAAAACGAGCGCAUCCUAGAUUUGUGCGCUGCUCCGGGUGGCAAGAGCUCUCACAUUUCAGCGCUAAUGAAGAAUACGGGUGUACUCUUCGUGAACGAUUCGAAUAAGGAUCGUUUACUUGCGGUGCUGGGUAAUUUCCAUCGGCUAGGGAUACAAAAUGCGGUCAUCACCUGUGUAGAUGGUAUCAAAUAUAAAGACAUCAUGAAGGGCUUCGAUAGAGUACUGCUCGAUGCGCCCUGUACAGGAUCGGGUGUUAUUUCAAAAGAUCCCAGUGUCAAGGCAACGAAGACGGAUAUCGACGUGCAGCGGUGUUACAAUCUGCAAAGACGGCUGCUGUUAACUGCGAUCGACUGCUUGUCGGCCAGCUCCAAGACGGGUGGUUAUUUAGUAUACUCCACGUGCUCCAUUCUUCCUCAAGAAAACGAAUGGGUCAUUGAUUAUGCAUUAAAAAUGCGCAACGUGCGGCUGGUGUCUACUGGGCUUGACUUUGGUGUAGAGGGCAUGACUAGAUUUGGUGCACAUCGGUUUCAUCCGUCGAUGAAGCUAACGCGCCGUUUUUACCCUCAUACGCAUAAUCUGGAUGGGUUUUUCGUGGCCAAACUGCAAAAAUUCUCCGACGCGAUUCCGAAGAACAUCUCUGAUGGCACAACAAAUGGGGAUGCCGAAGAUGUGGAAGCGGAAGUGGAAGAAAUUAUUGUGCCGAAAAAAAUCGACAAACGCGAUUGGUACUAUAAGGACAUAAUUGAAAAGCGAAAAGCUGAACGGGAGGAUACAAACCAUGUCGUGAAAGUAUUCCAGAAGCCAACCAACACCAAGACCAAGGGCACAAAAAAGAGCAAGAAAGCCCAGCAUGACGAAUCCGGCAAGAAGGAACAGACGGUACCCAUAAAAUCAGCUGAAGAAAAACUAUCGAACGGAAAACAAAAGCAGGUGACAAAGGCUAGUAAUGCAGAAACACGAGAUGCCGAAGAGGCGUUACGUUUGAAGAAAAAAUUGAAACAAACUCAACAACAAAACGGCAGUGCCAGGGUUUUAGGAAAAGAUAAGAAAAAUGGCAACAAAAAAGGAAAGAGUUUGAAAAAUAAUGCCUUUAAGCAGAAGGUGGGAAAAGUAAGAAAAGCAAAGUAGUGUUAAAAACCAAGUAUAAGUAAAUAAAUGCCACUCUGUUUAUGAGUUUAUUCCUUUGUUGGAAUACAACUAAAACUAAUGAAACACCCCGUCUACAACUCUAUAUAUUAUUAUAAUAUAUUAUUAUAUAUUUGUAUAUUUGCUUUUCAAACAUUCAUUUUGUCUUAAAAAUAUAUUCUCUU